AUGGCCGACCUUAACGUUACUCGUCUUGGCAUAGCUAUCUACCCAGGAUUUGCACUCUUAGAUGUAGCUGGUCCAAUGCAAUUCUUCAAUCAACUUAGUAUCAUACAACCAUUUGAAUUAAGUGUCAUUGCUAAAACAAUGGAUCCGGUGAGCACCAGACCUCCUAAGGAUUUGGUGCUAAACGCAAAGUAUCAAUGCAUUGGAGAAGCAUGGCAGCCUACACAUACAUACGACAAUGCUCCUGAUUUAGACAUAUUAUUAGUUCCGGGUGGAUACGGUUUACGUGACGAAACAAUAUUUAAUGAUCUGGGCGCAUUCAUAAAAAAACAAUACCCUAAACUCAGAUAUUUACUAUCAGUAUGCACAGGCUCGACGGCGAUCGCUGCAACCGGUAUUCUUGAUGGACGGAAAGCAACGUCAAACAAGUUUUCUUGGUCAUGGGCAACAAAAUUUGAAACGGUUAAUUGGGUACCCAAAGCACGUUGGGUAGUUGAUGGUAAUAUCUGGUCAAGUUCAGGUGUUGCCGCUGGAAUGGAUAUGACUUAUGCUUUUAUUUCGACUAUUUUUUCUCCGAAAAUUGCAACUGAGAUAGCCAAUGUCAUGGAAUACGAACCACAUACGGAUUCUGAAUGGGAUCCUUUUUCUGACAUUUGGAAAGUAUCGUCUCAAUAG